AAGGAUGUUGGACAAGGCUUGAUGGGUCUCAUUGCUGACCAACGCGGUGUGAGGAUUGUGGAAGUUCAAGAUGAGCUUGGCAUCGAUGCCAAUGAUUGACGGAUUCGAACAGACGAUGAUGAUACGAGCUUGUAUCCUGCUGACUGCAUUUCAGACUGCUACGGUGUUAUGGAUAGUGCAAGAAUUACGAUACCCAGGAAGAGUUUUCAACAAGAACAAUGCAAUUGUGAACACACCGACGGCAAGGCGUGACACUGUUCUCCUUCUUGCGAUGAACACGAACACACGUGCACGUUCACGAACGUUCGAUGCGUUCUUUAAGCCGCACCUUCUGCUCAGCAACCAAUCUUUUUCUCCUCCUGCAUCACGACCACAACAUUGAAUUUUUUUUUCUCGGCGGCUAUGACACACGAAAUACCUUACACGGCAACAACAUGUGUCAAGCUCACCAGCCUGUUGUAUUUGGUGUGCAGAGACUGCUCGGCUUAAGCGUGCUCACGCCCUGCACACUAGAACCGUCGAGAGCCGAGCGUCUGUCGUUCCAAGUCUCAUCACCAAACCAACAACGACUAUGCCGCAACAAGUUUCGCGGCAUGGCGAAAUGUCUGCAUUUAGGCAAGGCACAAAAUCAUGAGGCUCUUUCUUACACAUCCAUGACGUCGAAUCAUUUUACCUGUAUGGCACAGCUACCUCUGGAGGUACUCGUGGCUUCCAGACCUCUGCAGCGUUACACUGAUCGAGUAACAGGACCCACAUGUGCAGCACUGCGCAAAACACGUUACGCUGGCACGUGGAGUGUAAUGCCGUGAUGACGGCGGGAUCGUGAGAUUUGGAGACGAAGGGGAGAAAAAUUCUUUGUAGUCUUCUGGGGUAUAUAAGUUUGGGUGAAGAGAAGGACAAAGGGCAUUAG